AUGAUGACAUUUGGAAUAAAAGGAGCGGUUUUAUUUUCAAAUAUUUUAAAAGACGUAUUAAAAUGUAUUCUUCCGAAUCAGUUAGUUGCGGUUGAAGGCUUGAUAUUGGAGGUAGAGUCUAGAAGUAUUGGCCUUGAGUGCCUUUUAUCACUUCGCAACACACCACUCAUUGAAUAUACCUUAGAACUUCUUGCAGUUGCUGGCGAGCAAAAUAAUAAAAGAUUAUAUCAAUUAAAUAAGCAAGUCCAUUUCACAGGACAAUCUAAUUUAUGUGAAUCCCCAAUUUACGUACUAGAUGGGAAAAUUAAUGAAUGCGUUCAUUGUGAAACCGUGGAGGUUUAUCCGCGUAAACGUCGCAUAGUUAUGGAUAUGGAAGUAUUCAAAAAGCAUGCUGAUGUUCAAAUACGUAAUGAUCUUAUCGAUUGUCAGAUUGAUAUUGUUCAGUAG